CGUCAUGCUCCUCCUCUUAUCCCACAGUUUGCUUGGAGCUAGACCGACGCGACGACAUUCCUAUCAAGUCAUCGUCAAAUCUCCCCGGCUACCAGUCGCAACCAUCGCGAUCUUGCCUGAAGGCUUACUCGGUCGUACCAGCACUCCGUGUAGAUUCCGUCGCACUGCAUAAUUGGACGCAUUGUUUCUGGUUGAAUCAACUUUGACUGAAGCAGCUGAACUCUGCCAGUUGUUCGCGAUCUCCCUCCGUAAUUUCGCUCGCCGAGCAUCAGCCGUUGUUUGAGUCGUCUCGAAAGGCAAUUGCUCGACGAGCCGUGCUUUGAGCCGUGCCUCAAUACAGCCGCCGCCAUGUCUAGUAUCGAGAUUGAAUGGCGCUACUUGGCCAGAGACGCACCUGUGGCCGCUCGCUACAAUCACGCUCUCGCUGUUGUGGAGCAAGACCAAGGGGACCCCAAGGUGUACGCGGUGGGCGGGCAGAGCAAGUCGGCGCUGCCGCCGGACGCCUUCGUGGAGAUCUUUCUUCGCCAGGGCGACGGAUGGACUGUCGGAUCGUCGCCGCCUAUCGCCACGGCGGGCAAGACGCGCGUCGGACACGCCAUGGCAGUGAUCGACGAAACAAUCUUCCUUGUGGGAGGCGAGAAGGACGGGGUCCCUCAGAACGACAUCCUGGAGUUCCACACAGCAUCUGACACGUGGAAGACGUUUGAGGUGGCUGGCUCAGCGCCUCCCCCCUUGGCCUUCCACUCUGCCACGGCAGUCAACAAGCGCAUUUAUGUUAUUGGAGGCAAGGGGGAGGGCUCAGCAACCACUGAUGUCUAUGUAUACGACCCAAAGUCUCGUGCUUGGUCCAAGCCGGAGGUGAGGGGCACUCCCCCCCCCGCGCGGUACGCGCAUGCAGCAGCGCUGGUGGAGCCUCUGCGCAUCGCCAUCUUUGGAGGCAAGCUCUCUGCACCAGAAGCAGGAGACACGGCCAAGGGAACAGGCAGCUGCAAAGCGUGCGCGGACCUCUGGCUGCUUCAAGUGGACGACUCCAAGCCUGACGCCAUCACCGUGUCGUGGGGCCAGGCGUCCUCGCAGCCCCCUGCGAUGCCCGUGGUGAUCUGCGGCCCGUCCGGGGUGGGCAAGGGGACCCUGAUCACGCGCCUUAUGGAGGAGUUUCCCGGGCGGUGCGGGUUCUCUGUGAGCCAUACCACGCGCAAGCCGCGGCCGGGCGAGGAGGACGGCGUGCAUUAUAAUUUUACAGCAAGGGAGGAGAUGGAGAAGGAGAUUGCGGAGGGGAAGUUUCUUGAGAAGGCGGACGUGCAUGGGAAUUUGUAUGGGACGAGCGUGGCUGCUGUGAAGAAGGUCACAGACUCCGGCAAGAUGUGCAUACUUGACAUUGACGUGCAGGGCGCGCGGCAGGUGAAGGCGUCUCCGGCGCUGGAUGCAGUGUUCAUAUUCGUGGCACCGCCCUCGUUUGAAGAGCUGGAGAGGCGACUCCGGGGCAGGGGCACGGAGACGGAGGAGCAGGUGGAGAAGCGGCUGGGCAAUGCGCGCAAGGAGAUGGACGCGGGCAAGGACGCCACGCUCUUCAACCACACCAUCAUCAACGACAACCUUGAUGCCGCCUACUCCAAGCUCAAGGCCUUGCUGGGGCUGGGUGCUGCAGCAGAGACCGUUUCAGGUGCCCCCUGGCCUGCUCCGCGCUCGCAUGCAGCAGCAGCAGCCGUGGCCUCACGCAUCGUUCUGCAUGGAGGGCUCUCGUCUCGAGGGGCCCCUCUUUCAGAUCUUCACAUCCUGGACCUGACAAGCCUGUCUGGGGAGCCCCCAGCAGCAGCCACGGGGGUGCGAUGUGUGCCCACACACUCCAUCCCCACACCCGCCUCCCCUUCCCUCCUCACUAACAUCCUCACCACGCUCGGUCUCUCCGAGCCUCCCGCCACGGCUGAGAGAAUCUCUGCCAGGUUCGGGCACCGAGCCGUGGUGGUAGGCCCGGGAGAAGUGCUGUUUGUUGGUGGAGCUGCUUCAGAGGAAGGCUCGGCAACGGCAGGGCUGGCCGAGUCUGCUCUGCUGGCUCUGAAAGGGCUGGCUGCUGUGCACUGAGGGCAAGCUGUAUGCACGCAUGGAUGCAUGGAUGCAUGCAUGCAUGCAUGCAAUGCAAUGCAAUGCUAUGCAAUGCAAUGCUGGGCAUCUCUGCAUUUCUCUUGGAUGAACCCCAGUAGGCCGUCUCAUUUUUCCGCUGAGUUUUUUCACGGGAAAGUGCCGGGGGCAGAACAGUGGUGUUGAGUUUAGCUGUGGCUGAGCGCAGCUUGGUUUGCAUGCGGUCAAAGGUUGCUGGCACGCUGCUUGUAGAGAGCGGAAUUGUUGGCCGAGUCUGCUAGUGAAGCAUGAUACCGGUAGGUAUUGCUUGGGAAAUAUUUCAGACAGGAGGCGGAUGUUGUUUGAAAAGGACCCGGAGAGAUUGCAAUCGGCCCACUGUAGAGCCUGAGCCUGAGCAUUUCCUAACAACUGAUUCUGUGAUGCCUGCAUACUGGUAUGAAUCUGUCUACCUUCUCAAAUG